UGUGACAAGCAAAGGACGCAGCAAUCCAAGUGAGGCAGAAGACAAAAAUAAUCCCUCCACGUGCAUCCCGGAGAGGAGGAAAAUGAGAUAAACCCACUCAGAUGGAUGCCAGUGCCACCAGCCUUAAGAGGAUCAAGUUUGGGAAGCUGAAGGUGGUACGUCGGCGCUUGCUACAGAGGUAUGAGCAUCAGCCCUUCGUCUCCUGCUUGGCUGGCUUCUACAGCUGCCGGUGGAAGCGGUACCAACGCAGAAGGAUCGAGCCCGGGAAAUGCUGCUGCAAGACGCGGGAAUGCAUUUUUUUCCCAUUUCUUGUUGGAGCAUUCUGCUUUUCUCUGGUCUUUCUGUACAUGUGGGGUGAAGCGAAAAAUGACUACAAUAACUUUGACUGGUAUAACUAUGGAAACCUAGGCUUCUGGUUUCUCUGGUCUGUUGUUCUUCUGAUUGUGGCUGCAAUCCUGUUCAUGUACAUCGCGCUCUUAUUGGUCCUAGCGAUGUGUUUGCUUGCAGAAGGUCAGCAGCUGUACCUGCACUGGAGUCACAAGAUUGGGACUUUUCUUGUCCUGAGCUUCUCUGUCACAGCUCUCUUUAUAUUAUCUGUGCUGUGGGGAGAUCAAUGGAAAACUGUCCGCCUGUCAUUCCAGAUCACAGCUCCCUAUCUCCACAUAGGAGCAAUAACCAUCAUGGUCCUCCUGUCCUGGCCUGUGGCUCUGCAUGCCAUCAGAACAGAUAAGAAAGUUGUUCAGGUGAUAAUUGUUGGUCCAUACCUGGCUAUCCUUCUCUUUCUUUUCUUGAUACCUCUGGGGAUGUACUCACCUUGUAUCAGAGAAGUGGGGACACUUGGACCAAAGCCAGCCCUCAUUGGACACCGCGGAGCACCAAUGCUGGCACCAGAAAACACUGAGAUGUCAUUUCAGAAGACCAUUGAACAUGGUGGAGAUGGUCUUGAAACAGAUGUCACCAUUAGCUAUGAUGGGGUUCCCUUCCUCAUGCAUGACAGCACCUUGAGGAGGACAACCAACAUUGGGGAGGUCUACCCCAAUGAGACUGCUCAAAAUGCAGCGUUGUUUUCCUGGGACACUCUGAAGGAGCUGAACGCUGGAAUGUGGUUUCUUAAGGACAAACCAUUUUCAUGCAUGGGCUCACUGUCAAGGGCAGAUCGAAACCAGGCAAUGAAUCAGUCAAUUUACAAGCUAAGUAAUUUCUUGCGCCUCGCAGACAGUCAGAAUAAACUUGUGAUAUUUGAUCUCUACCGCCCUCCAGAGAAACAUCCUUAUAGGAAUUCGUGGAUCAACAGAACCCUGGAAGUCAUCCUCAACGAAUCGGGGAUUAAACCCCAUCUGGUCCUAUGGCUGGAGAAUGAUAUGAGGUCCUUUGUUCAGUCUGUUGCUCCUGGGUUUCAGCAGACAAUGGGCAGUAAGGCCCCAGUUGAAGACCUGCUGAUGGAUAAUAUUGUCAAACUCAAUCUGGCCUACACUGAAAUGUCCAGUGAAGAUAUUCGGAAAUAUGCUGAGGUGAACAUCACCACUAACCUCUAUGUGGUCAAUGAGCCAUGGCUCUUCUCCCUGGCGUGGUGCUCUGGGGCUCACUCUGUGACCACGAAUGCUGUCCACGUGCUGAAGAACCUCAGCCAGCCACUCUUCCUCAUGACUCCGCAGCAGUACAACAUCAUGUGGAUCCUGACAGAUGUGACCUCCGUGCUCCUCAUCUCACUCAUCUUCGCUCUGCAUUGGUGGCGAGAGAGGAGUUUCUCCUGCUGCACCCACGACAGUGGCACGAUGCUGGAGAGUGGCACCUACAACAAGUUCAGGACAGAGCUCAACGACAUGCCUACAGUCGUGGCCUGACAGGGGCAGGAAGGAGAAAGAGACCUGCUAUCUCACCGAUGACUGGAGAGCAGAGCCACCCCUGAUGCCCCUUCCUGCAGUGAAAAUGCCAACCUGUUAUCAGCCACUGCAUGGGGGUGGGAGCCACAGGACAGCAAAAUGCAGGCAAAGGCAUCGGGGGGGAGGAGCUGGCCAGGGAAUGGGUUCAGAAAUGUCUGGUGAAGAGAAGCUGUUUGCCUCUGUGAUCCUGGUAGAGAUGAGCACUGCCCUUGCUGGCCCUGUCCUGCUUGUCUACAGCUUUCCUUGUAAUCCCCUGCCUGGCAGGGAUUGACCAGGGCGUAGGGGUGUACAUAUGGGGUUGCAGCUGUGAAGAAGCUGAGUACCAUGACAAGGUAUUUCAAUCCCCUUGGCAGUAGCCACAUGGGAAUGACCACCUUCAUCUCAGAGCGUUGGAGGAUCCCAUAGGGCAACAAUCCAGAUGUCUCUCCUGUUAUGCACUAAACCUGUUAGCGCGUCUUUGUUCUGCGCACACUGCAAACACCUGAGCGUCCUACAGUCCUGCUUGCCUUCAGCUGCCAGUGUUUCUCCGGUCAAGACUGACUUCCUCUGCUCUAUACACUCCCUCUCUACUGGCAGGUUUCCUCCAGCCCCAAGUGUGUACCAACCCCACCGCGAUGGUCGAGUGCUGGUGGCUGGUUUAUCAGGAUCUGCACCUCUCCAUAAUGCAGGCAGGGGAAGCCUACCACUAGCCCUACUGGGACAGUCUCCUCACCUUCUUGGUUGUGGGAAAGGGUGUUUAUUUCCAAAGGUGCUAAAGGAUGUUUUGGUGCCUUGGCGGUGCAACUAUUGGGACUAUGACCAGGAGCAUAACAUCUUUCUUCAAUGGGUUUGUGGUAUAUGUGACCUGGUCCCACCAGAUGUCCUGUUUGCUUUUCCCUUGGGAAGAUCUUCAUACUUGCUUUGUAUCCUGGCAUUUAUUCUGUUUUUCAUUACUGCCAGUGGCUGUUGGCACACACGAGGAAGAGGGUCUACGCACAACUCUGUCCUGUUCUGCAAGGGAGAUGCAAGCAUCUCUCAGGUUUAAGCCAUAAAUUUCUACUUGAACAGACAAA